AUGGCUGCCCUCAACAAGAUCGCUGCCAACAGCCCGUCCCGGCAAAACCCUUCAGAGCUUGAGACUGCUUUGGCCAAUGCUCUUAGCGAUUUGGAAACCAACACCCCAGAUUUGAAGGCUGCUCUGCGCCCAUUGCAGUUUGUGUCUGCUCGCGAGAUCGAAGUUGGUCACGGAAAGAAGGCCGUCGUCAUCUUCGUCCCAGUUCCUCUCCUGCAGGGAUUCCACAAGGUCCAACAGCGUCUCACCCGUGAGCUUGAGAAGAAAUUCUCUGACCGCCAAGUCAUCAUCAUUGCUUCUCGCCGCAUUCUCCCCCGUCCCAAGAGAUCCAACCGCUCCCGCACCAAGUUGACCCAGAAGCGCCCACGAUCCCGCACUCUCACCGCCGUCCACGACGCCAUCCUUACCGAUAUCGUGUACCCAGUUGAGAUUGUUGGCAAGCGUCUCCGAACAAAAGAAGAUGGCAGCAAGGUCCUCAAGGUCAUCCUCCACGAGAAGGAGCGUGGUGGUGUUGACCACCGUCUCGAUGCAUAUGGCGAGGUCUACCGCAGAUUGACGGGCCGUGGUGUCGGUUUCGAGUUCCCUCAAAGCAGCGCUGUGGAAUACUAG